CGCAGCGAGACCUAGAUGGCCCGUGAAGUUGGCGACGACGCGUCGAAAGAGAUAGCGAGAUAUUUUCACACGCGUCUCUCUUUUUCGAAAUAGAUACAAUUGAUUUAUUUGCUUUUAUUUCUUUUACUGUUAAAUGACAAAGGGAUCAAAUGUUUGUAAGUAGCACGAGCUUUUUUCUCUCGAGCUAAUACUUUUGUGGAAUCUAUUUUCUAUUAUGUCUAUGAAUAUAAAUAUACCGCCAUAUUGAAAAUGCGUCGAAAUUCUCGGAGCUGUCAUUCGUAGGUUUUUUUCCUUUAUUUAUAUUCAAGAUGUUUGUAUGAGCGCAAUUUAGGAAUCGCGUUACGAUUGAUGAUACGUGACUCGAUGUGAUUAAUUGGCGUUUGAUUGAAAGAAGAUAAGGAAGAUACAGUGAUUUAAAGGACUUGUGUGACAGAAGGUUAGGAGACGUCGAUAACGAGAUGGAUUUGUCCAAAGUACCCAACGAAAAGAAAUUACACCUUUGUAAAUGCUAUUUUCGUGCUGGUUUUGCACUGCUGCCAUUUCUAUGGGCUGUAAAUGCAAUUUGGUUCUCAAAGGAGGCUUUUGUUGCACCACCUUAUGAGGAACAAAAACAAAUUAAGAAAUAUGUAAUUUUCUCCGCUAUAGGAGCAACUAUUUGGACAGCUGCUUUAUUAGCUUGGAUAAUUACUUUUCAAACUCAAAGAGCUGUUUGGGGUGACUUUGCUGAUGCUAUCAGCUACAUAAUUCCUACUGGUAUUCCUUGACUUUAAUGUUGAUACUUUGUUAGUAUGCAGUAAUUUAUUACAAAAAUGUAUAUUAAAUAAUCUUUGUAUAUUAAUCUUACGUAAUAUAAAUUCGCGUAACAUUUCAUAUUUAUAUAUAUAUAAUUAAAAGAAAAAUUUUUUAUAGCACAUAUAUAAGAUGAUUAAGAAACAAAUAUUUUAGAAAAUCUUAAUUUUAACCUAAUAAUGCUGUUAUCCUUUUAAAUCGAUUCGCAUUUACAUGUGUUGCAACAGCAAUUGCAACAAAAUACUGUAAAAAAUAUAUAUACGAUUUAUUUUUUUGUACAUUUACAUGACUCAUAUGUUUCAACUUUGGGCUUGUUUGGGAAUGCUGUAUAACAUUUUUCUAAACUUUUGAGAGAAUACAAGCACAGAUCCAAAAACGCGUGAAAUCGCGUACUUCCAUGUUUAUAUAUAAUAAUUUGCAAGUUUUGUUUCUAAAUUUGUAUGACUCUCCGUCUUUGCACAUACAAUCUUAUUUCUUGAUAAACUAAUUUGGACAAAAGCUGAAACAUAAUAAAAUACAAUAGAUAGUAUGUGACAAAAUAUAGUGUUACCUGUGUAAUAAACAAUUUCGAUUUUCAUACAAGGGAAAAUAAACUCACCAAUAGAGCAAAUAA